AAAGGACACAGACGAGAGAGGAUUAAAAUAAACCAACGAUUAGGUUUAUUAAAAUACGGUUUGAAGAAAUCGACAGCCAUAUGGAGAAUGUUUCCUUGUUCGUUGUGUUUUUGUUCUUGAACGGUGUGUUUGGUGAUACAGUUAGUGAGUCUGUGUCAGUGAUGGAGGGAGAUUCUGUCACUCUACACACCAGUCUUACUGAAGUAGAGAAAGGGCAUGUGAUAGACUGGAGGUUUGGACCAAACAGCAUUCUCAUAGCUAGAGUCAACAGCGUAGCUAAUACAGCAAAUGUGUAUACUGAUGUUAUUGGUGAGAGUUUCAGAGGCAGACUGCACAUAAACCAGCAGAUUGGAGAUCUCAACAUCACAAACAUCAGAACAGAACAUUCUGGACUUUACAAACUAAGCAUCCAUGGCAAAAACAUAGACAUGUUAUACAAUGUCAGUGUGGUGUCUGAUAAAAGAGAUGGGCUUGAGAUUGUGCCGGUAAUGAAGGGAGAUUAUGUCAUUCUACACACUGAUGCUGCUGAAAUACAGAAAUAUCAUCUGAUACAGUGGAUGUUUGGAAACACUGUGAUAUGUACAUUUAACAAAACGUACCAAGUUCCGCCAAUCUUAAACAAAUUAGAGGUGGAUCGUGACACUGGAUCUCUCAAAAUCAGGAGCAUUAGAACAGAACAGUGUGGGACUUAUAACCUACAGAUGAUCAGCAGCACUCACACCAUACAGAAGAGAUUCAAUAUUACUAUUUUUGAUGCAGUGAAGUCUGUAUCAGUGAUGGAGGGAGAUUCAGUCACUCUAGAAUCUGAUAUUACUAAAAUAUAUGAUGAGAUACAGUUUGAAUAUGACGACUCCAUUAUAGCGAAAAUCAGUAGAGCUGCCCAAAACUUCUCUACAUUUGAUGUUCCUGAUGGUAGAUUCAGACACAGACUGAAGCUGGACAAUCAGACUGGAUCUCUGACCAUCACAAACAUCACAAAUCAACACACUGGAUUCUAUCAUCUACACAUCUUCAACAGCAGACACACUGUACACAAGAGUUUCGUUGUUAAUGUCUGCAAUGUAGUGAAAUACAUAACAGUGAAAGUGGGAGAAUCUUUUACUCUAGACACUGGUGUUACUGAUAUACAGAAGUAUGGUCAGCUGCUGUGGAAGUUUGGAGGUAAUGAUACUCUCGUAUCAAAAAUCAAUGGAACACAUCCGGUCUUUUCUACACAUGAGAGAUUCAAAGACAGAAUCCUUUAUCAUGAAAAUGGAUCUCUCACCAUCAAAGAUACUAGAUUUGAACAUGCUGGGUCUUAUCGCAUAGAAAUGAGCAGCAGCAGGAACACCUUACUUAAGAGAUUCAGUGUUCUUGUCACUGCUUCUACAGUAUCAGACCUUGAACACCCAGGCUCUAUAGCAGCAAUGGUUUUUGGUAGUGUUCUGAUUCUAACUUUUGGUUGCAUCAUCUAUUGCAAAAUCUCUAAAAGGGAAUGGAAUAGAAUCCGACAAAGGGCUGUCCAGCAAUGAGGAAAAAUACAGAAGUCGCAUGAUCUGAGGGGAUCCCAGCAAGAUCACUUUGCAGCUAUUAUAACAUAAUUUAUAUUUGAAGUAAAUUAACAAACCUUGCCAUCUUCAUAUACCUCAGAACAAAACAUUUGUUUGUCAGU